AUUGUGAAAGGUUUUCCUCCGGUCUCGCCGUACGUCGGGGUCAGCCCUACGCUCUGCUAUUUAGUUAAGGACAAGAAGCCUCCCUGUUGUCUACAAAUAUCACAGUGCGAACACUGUCCAUACCUUCACGCCCGGGACUACAACUGGCAACAAACUCGGUGUAUAAUACUUGCGGCCGAUUACGCGAGUAAUGGUAUCUACAACUUCAUUGUGCCUCUAAGAGCUCACUUCCAUAACCCAAACACUUUGCGGCCGAUUGUGUUGCUGUUGGAAAGGCGUCCGAACCCGGCC